AUGAGUUUUUAUGCAGCAUUAAAUAAUUAUUUCAAGAUCUUUGGUUUUGCUUUCAUUUGCUUGUCCCUGCAUCUAACUGAAGUUUGUAAGAUGCCAGUCUGGAGUUCCAUCAUCUCCCUCUUUCAGAUGGUUUCUCGUCGGAAAGUAAUAACUGCCAAUGGCUACAGAGAAUCACACCUGCACCGCUGUCUUACUGUCCUGGAUUUAGUAGCCUUUGGGGUGGGCAGUACUCUAGGUGCAGGGGUGUAUGUCUUAGCAGGGGAAGUAGCCAGGAAUAUCUCGGGACCUAGUAUUAUCCUUUCCUUUUUUAUUGCUGCUAUGGUAUCCAUUUUGGCAGGAUUGUGUUAUGCUGAAUUUGGAGCCCGGGUGCCUCUGACAGGAUCAGCAUAUCUGUACAGCUACAUCACAGUUGGAGAGCUGUGUGCAUUCGUCACUGGGUGGAACCUGCUAUUGUCCUAUGUAAUUGGAGCUUCCAGUAUAGCCAGAGCAUGGAGUGCUACUUUUGAUGAAAUUUUGGGCAAAAACCUGGGGAAUGUUUUCAACAUACAUCUGACCCUGAACAUCCCAGGUCUGGCUGAAUAUCCAGAUAUCUUUGCUGUUUGCCUAAUUUUUCUGGUGACAAGCCUCCUCUCCAUAGGUAUAAAAGAAUCUACUACAGUGAAUAAAGUCUUUACAACUAUUAAUUUGGUCAUCCUUAUCUUCAUAACAAUUAGUGGGUUAUUGAAAGGAGAUCUGAAAAAUUGGAGAUUAAGUCAAAAUGAUCUGCAAAGGCUAACUGACAGUAACCUUAGUAACCGAACUGUGGCUGGCAAUGAAACCUGGAAAUAUGGAACUGGAGGGUUCAUGCCCUAUGGCUUUUCAGGCACUCUGGCUGGAGCUGCUACAUGUUUCUAUGCUUUUGUUGGAUUUGAUUGCAUUGCAACUACAGGUGAAGAAGUGAAGGAUCCUCAUAAAUCUAUCCCCCUGGGAAUCGUUUUCUCACUUCUCAUCUGUUUCCUGAUAUAUUUUGGUGUUUCUUCUGCCUUGACCCUUAUGAUGCCCUACCACCUUUUGGAUCCACUAAGCCCAUUACCAGUGGCUUUUGAAUAUAUUGGAUGGAGAUCAGCCAAGUACGUUGUUGCUGUGGGAUCACUCUGUGCACUUACAACCAGCUUAUUGGGUUCUAUGUUCCCAAUGCCACGAAUUUUAUAUGCAAUGGCCAGGGAUGGACUUCUCUUUCAUGUUUUGGCCAGAGUGAAUUGCCAACAAAAUCCAGUUAUUGCAACUUUGGUAUCUGGAGCUGUUUCAGCACUGCUGGCUGUCCUUUUCGAUCUGAAGGUCUUGGUUGAUGUAAUGUCUAUUGGAACACUGCUGGCCUACACUUUAGUUGCUCUUUCCAUUCUACUUCUCAGGUACCAACCUGAUCCUAGUUCUCCAGACCCAAUAGAAAAGACAACUGUAAGUAGAAUGGCCUGGAUAGACCUCCUCAUACACCCUGAUAUAAUCCCAUCCCAUCACUCUUCCCGACUAGUAGUAUACACAGUAUUUAUUCUUGAUUAUGUUCUAUCCAGCUCUUCUCAUCUGUGUUGUGUGCGUGCUGACCUCCAUAAAAUUGCCAUGUUUGACAUCUGGAACUCUGUGGUGUAUUGUCUGCCUUUUUUUCAACUUGCUGGGGAUUCUACUGGCAUCGCUGGUCAUCUGGAGACAGCCUCAAAAUCAGAAGAAAGUACAUUUCAUGAAAAUGAUCAGAUAAUUUUGACUUCACCCAUUUUCGAAGAGUUUGGGAAUCUCAAAAAAAUGUUGGUAUGUCAUAUGAGGCCUAUAGAAGACCACACUUUUAUUAAAGUCUAA